AUGCGAAGGGCACUUUUAUUUCGUGUUCCCAUCACAGUUCAGGCAGCGUCUGGAAUGGAGGGAUAUAAACAGCAAGAACAACAGAAGUUAAAGCCAAAGUAUCAUCAGGGAAGCUGCAGUAAUGCGAAUGUCUACACCCAAAUCCAAACUAAUCUCCAAGAGGACAGUGUGAAGCUCAGCAGCACAAAAGCCUUUUGGUCAGAUGAAGCCAAGGAAGUAACACUGCAUGAUCUCAAACGAAGAUAUGCAAAUGAUCGAUUUGUUGAUAAAAAGACACGUUUUGUGGUUCGUCAACGAGUGCGGGAGGAUGGUGUUACAUCUAAUCUAUUUCCUCUACACAUAAAUCCCACACUGGAGCUCUUCUCUUAUGAAAUUGUGGCCACUCGCCGUAUUUUUCACACAAAACCAACGAACAAGGAGAAAAUGACAACGAACAAAACCAACAACAGCAGCAGCAGCAGCAGUAAAUCAAAAAGUCGUCGAAAGAAAGAUGUUGUUGUUGUUGAAGAAGCAGAAACAAAUACAAACACAACAACAGCAACAACAGCUAAUAUUACUUCUAUUGUGAGACGAGUGGAUGAGAGACGGGCGUGGAUUGUCGUUCAGCGAUUUCUACGUCGUUGUGUCCCAGAAGCCCCUCCGCUUGUGAAUGUACGCAAUAAGGUUUAUUCUACAGCCCCGCUACCUACAAAGGCGUUGGAACUUCCACCGGAGUAUCUUGAUAUGGGAUGGGAAGGGUGUAAAGUACGUUUUGUAGGUAAAGCCGCAAUGUCUAAGAUGUCUCCCAAUGAUGUACAGGAAGUAACGAAUAAAAUUGUUUCUUGGGCGUUAAGGCAAGAAACGCAAGAGGGAAAAAAGUUUUCUGUUGGACGUGAGUCAAAUGGAAAAAUUGUAUGUACACAUGAUUGUAUCAGUGUAUCUGGACUUCGUAUCUUUAAAGGGACUAUUCUACGAGCCGUAUUUGUAGAUGUCAGUGGGGCCACAGAAGAAAGUACAACACCUGUGGUUCCUCUUAUUUCUCAUUCCCAAGUACCAACCACGGCUGUAUUAACAACACUCACUGCGGGACAUCACACUAAUACACCACUACGAUUUCUUGUUAAGGAGUUUAUACGUGAAUUUGAGUUUAAAGAGACACCUGUUCAAAGUUACAGAAUUGAGGAUGGUUCAGGUGUAACGAUGGCAUCUUUGUGGAAUGUUACCAAGUCAUCUACACUCAGUGUGGGUGUUGUGUAUGAAGUUGUGGAUUAUCAUGUGCGUGUGUUUGAAAGCCGUGGUGGGAUGCGAUUGGUGGAGAUGAAGGUGGGAGAGACCACGUUUAAAGUUAUCAAAGAAGAAGAAGAAGAAGAAGAAGAAAAAAAAAAAGAAAACGCAGCAUGUGAUGUGGAGCCGGUGAAAAAACGACGACGUAAACAUGGCAAAGACACCACCGCAAAGGAGGAAGAGGAAGAGGAAGAGGAAGAAAAAGAAAAACGAAAAGGAAAAAAAAAGCAAACAGAAGAAGAAAAUACAUUAAAAAUAAUACCUGAUAUUCCUCAGGAAACUACUCUUUCCUCUCUUCCUGGUGAAUUGGUACUGAAAAUUGAUACCAAGUGUACAGUCGCCGUGGAAGUUUCAUUAUGGGAAGAAGUCAAACAACACUUUGGCAGCGGCCCUUAUGAUAGUGCCACGGAAGAACGAAUUGCCCGAUCUGUUCAAGGCACGCCUGUUGUGAUUGCGGCCACCCUGCGACACUCCACUAUUCGUUUUGUUCGUUUUAACAUCACCCCAACAGAGACAGAUCUCGAUCCGGCACUGCAGCGGUUUGUGCGGGAGUUGGAUGCUGGUCAGCCCUACGCCGUGUUGGUGGACUACACCGUAGUGCCCCUGCAGGCCCUUCACUGCUGUUACGAUCCCCGCAUGAAGUCCUGGCAGGAUAUUGUCGUCACCGCCUGUUCAUUCCUGCCGGCGCGGCGAUUAGACAUUUUGGAGUUAUUUCGCACCGCCCUGCAGUCCGGACUGCAGCAGUGGGGCAUCACACUCGCCGCGCAGCCGCUCAGCAGUAAAUCACUCUCACUCCUACCAGCUCCACAGAGGGCAACGGCGAAGAGUUUUGGGCAGAGUGGUGAACGUCAACAACAACAACAGCGACAAGGAGGAAAGUUUAAGAAAUCUAUUUCCACAUCCGCCGCAUCUUCACCUUCAGCGAUGCGUCAUCCUCCACCAGCAUCAUUCCCAACAACUUUUGCCGUAGUGGCAAUUGCCCCAUCACACAUGGAUGAAGCCGAGUUAACACGCACUACACAGACCGCACACGCAAUGGCACGGUACUUUCGCACAACAACGACUAUUACUGUACCGGAUGAAAAAGAGGCUGUACGGUUUCUCGUUCAACAAUUAACCAAUGCCACUGAUGGAGUACUGAAAGAUCCUAAUACAGUUGUUAUUAUUAUUUCAGGAGAACGUGAAACUCGUCCAUCACGAUGGGUUCUUGCAGAAUGUUUAACACGUGGUAUUCUCGCUGUCUUUAUGCCUCCUGCUUCUUCACCAAAACGACAGAACUUAUUAUGUGAAAAUGCCCGAGCACGAUUACGUAUGGUAUUUGAAACAGAUACUCUUCGUGGAAUAAAUGUCGCCCGCGAAGUUCCAGCCGUGGCCCAACGCCGUGUACUUAUUGUUGGUAUUGAUGCCUGUCAUACCACAACAUUCAGUACAGGUGCGGUGGUUGGUAUCUUAUGCACAUCUGAACGUAAUCAUCUUUUACCUUUAUUCUGGAAACAUGAAUCCCGUGGACAGGAGGUGGAUCAGGUGGAGGCGCACUUCCGGAUAUUAUUGCAAAAGGCAUCUGAUCUUUACGGUGGUGUGGAUGAAGUUGUAAUCUUUCAAGAUGGUGAUGUGUACAGUGAGAUGCCACGUAUGCAAGCUCAUAUACCGCCAGGUUGUGGUUUCACCUUUAUGUGUUUACACAAACGAACGAAUGUACGUUUUGUACAUCAAAGUAAAGAAUCUGGUGGAGUGGGAAAUGUUGUGAAGGGUGCCGUUGUGCAGGCCCUUACUCCAAUUGCUCUUGACAACGAUGAGGGUGUAUUACCAUCUUUCUUUUUACAGAAUCAUGAUUGUAAUAUGUCUACAGCCCGAACAGUGCAGUAUACGAUUCACAGUGUAAGUCCAACACUGGAUGUCUCUGAUGUGCAGCAACUCUCAUUUGUCCUCUCACACGUAUUGGCUACGCAAUCCACGAAACUACCAAUGUCCACACGGUGUGCACAUCGUCUGGCAAGUGUGGCGGAGCGGCUCUUGGAUGCGGCACCACCACUACAGUACGAUAUGAUUCCUGCCCCAUUAAAUGAACGGUUGUGGUUUUUCUAA